GCGGCAUUCAAAGGUCAGAUUACUUUUUCUGUAGAAGACAGCUGAUAAGUUGAAUCUGUCAAAAUGGGCUAAUAAACAACACUUGGACAUCCUAACUAAUAUAAAAUGUGAGGAAUAGUAUACAUCCGAACGUCUCAAGAUGUCAUUAGCCCCACCUAAGGAUUUUCACGUGAAUAAAAGGCACAAGAAAAAGAGGGAGAACCGUAAGUCUGUUGGUGAUGAGCUUGAGACAGUUGAAGGCGACCAUGUUGCUGAGACAGAUAGAGAUGAGAACAAGAGACGACGUACACUGCUCAUGCAGAAAUCUGGCAACUCAUGGGGGUUUACACUACAGACUUAUGUGAUCCAUCAUAAAUCUAGUAAUCAAAAUGAGGUCCUAACCUAUGUGGACUAUGUUGACCUGGAGGGACCAGCAUUCCUAGCUGGACUCAGAAGAGGAGAUGUUAUCCUUGCCAUCAAUGGGAAAAGCACAGGAGGCUGGAACCAUAAACAACUGGUUAAGUUUGUGAAACGUUGUGGAAAUACACUCAGGAUGGUUGUUCUGUUUGAGGAUUGUUGCAGGAAAAUAGAUGCUCAUUCGAGGUACAUGAAAUUGAGGAAAGUGCUGAAUGAAAAGAUCAAAGAAUAUCGGGAACUUGAGAUGAAAGAACAAAGCAUACUGAUGGGAUCGCCUGAAGACGUGAACUUACGGGAUUUCAAGAGUGACGUGAGCAGCCUAACCUCCCUAGAUACUCUUGAUAUGAGUUUCCUGGCAUUAGAUGAUCCUGCCAGGGCAAGCUUCCGCAGUGACAUAAGUUUUGCCUCCAGCUAUAACCCAAGUAUGCGCUACUCUGCAUCAAGUUUCAAUUCAGACUUUCGUUAUUCUGGAUAUUUUGAUGCUUCGCCAACUUCUUCAUCUCGCUUAAGUCCAGACAGUAUUAGUCCUCACUCAGGAUCAGCCAAUAGCUUAUUUUCACCCACAAGCCCACCUCUUUCAGCAAGUUUUCAUGAGGGAGACGUGAUUCAUGAAGGUAAGACAUGGAAAAAAGGACAUCAUCGUCAGUCUAGUCGUAGUUUAGAUUCACAGAUAGUUGGAGCCUGUAGUCUUGAUCAGUUGUCCCCUCCAAUACAACAUCCUGAUUUCUCUCCUACUCUAAGAAGAGCAGCUUCUUCAGAGCAGCAGCUUGAUUCAAAACGAGGUCGACCAUCUAGUUUCCCUAUAGUCUCAUAUUCCCCAUAUAACACCCAGAACAUAAAAUUUCAAGGUCAAGGAGUUGGGGCCACAAAGAAAAAGAAAAUGGCCCCCAAGGCACCAAGUUUGAGUGCUCUAAGUGACAUUCCGGCAAUAAGUAGAAUAAAAAGACUAGAGUCCCAUGCUAAGGUGAUGUCAGUCCCAGACCUCUCUGAACCUCAUAAUAAACAUAUUAAAAGUGUCAAAUCUGAUGAAGACUUCAAGAAUGAUGCAUCAUCAAUGACUGAUUCAAUUGCUGGGUCAUCCACGUUUGAAAACAUGAAAGAGUUAAGUGACUCCAUGUCAAAUCUAGCUGAAUUUGGCAUUGAAUCUGAAACUGAGUGCCCUACAGAAAAUAUACAAGAGAUCACUGCAGAUGUUCAUAUCCCCCCAAAAAUAAUAGUGACUAAAGAUAGUGAUUCUUUAAUUGAAGCUCAAGUCAACUCAAAAACUGAAAACAUACAGGUUAAUACUCUCAAAGUUGCUGAGGCAACCAUUAGUGAAUCAACGACAGAUGAACAAACAAGGAGCAUAUCUCCAAUUCUCUUCAAUACUCCAGCUGUGAAGAUAGAAUCAUUUCACAAGGGACAUGAAGUCUAUAAAACAAGCCUCACAAAUAUUGCAGUAGAUAUUGAUAUUGAUGAAAGUAAAAGUGGAGAGAUCAUCGAGUCUGAUGAUGAUGAAGAUGUGUUUGAGGAUUAUUAUUAUAACACAGAUUCAGAUGAUGAAUUGUCUGAAUCGGAUGGCAAAAUAUCAGAUGUAAAUAUGAACAAUGAGACGGAAUGUAAGAAUAUAUCAGCUGGCCCAUGUUUAGCUGAGUCUCAAAGCACUGAAAGCCCAGAUUCCAAAAUGAUUGAAAAUAAUGGCAAUAAUGAUAUUACUACCCAAGAGGAGUCAGAAAAAGUGCCUGUUAUGACAACUGCUGAUGCAACCCCUAUACAUCUUGAUCAGAUAGAACUAACCAUAGACCCCAAUAGUGUAGAUAGUGACACUGAUGUGCAAUUAAGUGCUGUGCAGUUACAAAAAGAUGAUGUGCAAUCAGUCAAUGAACAAAAUGCAGUUGAGAACCACAGUGGCCAUAUAGUUCAAAAACAUAAGGAGUAUACUUCACCUAGCAUUGAGAAUACAGAACAAAACUCAAGUUCUGACAUUGAUAGAAAUGAAGACCCACCUAUUGACAUAGAUUCAGUGCAACUAGUAAUCAAAGAUGAUAAACUACAAAGUGAUUCCAAGGAAGUAAACAAUUCAGGAAAGUUACCAAGUGUUCUUGGUCCAAGGGUAUCCAACACAAGCUCAGGAUAUGGCUCAAUUAGCAAUGGUGAGAUGGUAUCUCCACCUUGUUCCCCCAUUCCACUUGAGGAUUCCAUGAUUUCUGAAAUGGACAUACGCAGCCUUUCAUCAAGCAGUCCUGUGGAGGCAAAAACAGACAUUAAAUUCAAGAAUUCAAAGUUAGAGAAAAUUCACGAAGGUUUUGAAAAUGAUAAUGUUAUUAUUGAGCCAACAGAUGUUAAUGUUGAGCACACAUCUGCUCAAAAUGGAACACCUGUAACACAAAUGAAUGAAAAUAAUUUUGUGAGGGAUAAGCUGUCUCCAAAACCAUCAAUGGAAAACUCAGUUGCAGGAUUAUUCUCUAGAUUUACAGGGAAAAUACCAUUUUCCAACAAUGACAAUGAUCUUGACUUUGGAAUAGCGGAGUCAGUUAUUGGAAAUAGCUCAUUUUUCAUUCCACUGCCUUUAAGCGAAUCCUCCCACCCCCAUAGGCCAGAAUGUUGGCUAGGGGCUGAGACAGAUGAUGCGUCACAACCGAGUGUCUUAACGUACAUAGACAAGAUGCAAGCUCAAAACAUUCAACAUUAUGUGAAUGAAACAGAUGAAGUUACUUAUCUAUGAUGUUUCUGCAUCACAUUUGAUUGUGUCACAAAACGUAUAUGCAGUACUUGCUAUACCUGUACAUUUUAAUAAUCAAUGCAAUAACAGAAUACUUAAUUAAGUAUAUGGCUGUAGCAGUGGUAGUAUUUAUGACUGUCACAAUGAAAAAUAGAAUAUGUAUCAUUUAUAUGGUAAAACCUGUCAAAAGGGAACACUUGUUAAAAAUGUUCAAACUGAGUUAAUUAAGU